AUUUAUCUGCCUACAGCCUGCUGCGAGAGCGGGUGGGUGUAGUCCCGCAUCACGCGUGGAUGGUGACCUUGAACCUGUCUCUUACCAGCUUCAGCGCCCAGCUGGAAGGGAGGGUCACGGCAACUACUGAGCCUGGUUACAGACUCGGAGCGCAGAGCAUCCUUCCAUUCCAUUUGGUGUCAAUUGCGGCUGUCAGUGGCUGUACGAACACAGUAGUCGACGCCGGUUGCAUCACGGAAUCGCUCCACGAAGCCUCCUUGGUCUUGCCCCAAGGAUAUGUGGAGUCGAAUUUGCGCCUGAGGUACUCUGUGAUCUCUUCGCACAGGAGAGCCAGUGGACGACGGCCAUUCAUCACGUGGGUCAGUUGGCAGGUCCCUCGCAUGUUGAGGCCGGCAGGUGGACAUCACGGGCCUGGUUCCCUGCCCUGAUUCGGACUUCCCGAACGAUGGGAGAGACCCACGACAGCCUAGUAGCUAUCCCGGUGGAUUGGGUGCCUAUUGUGAGUGAUCUAGAACCUAAAGAG